GGCGAGGCGUCGGAUGAGGAGUCGGAGCCGCUCCUGGGCGCGGGGGCCGGAGCGAGGAGCCGCCCCACCCGGGAGGGCCUGGCCGCUUCAGGAAAUGUUGGAUAUACAGCACAGAUGAAUUUCUUUAUGGAUGAAGAUCCUGAAUUUGCUGAAAUCAUGCAGCGAGUGGAACAAGCCAUAGAAUGUGGAGUUUUUCCAGAGAGAAUCUCCCAGGGGUCCAGUGGGAGCUACUUUGUCAAAGAUUCUAAGAGGAACACUAUAGGAGUGUUUAAACCAAAAUCGGAGGAGCCUUACGGCCACCUAAAUCCAAAGUGGACCAAAUAUUUUCACAAAAUUUGUUGCCCUUGCUGCUUUGGCAGAGGCUGUCUCGUUCCUAAUCAAGGAUACCUCUCUGAAACUGGUGCCUAUCUUGUGGACAGUAAAUUGGGGUUAGGAGUGGUACCUAAAACAAAGGUUGUCUGGAUUGUUAGUGAGACUUUUAACUACAGUGCAAUAGAUCGUGCAAAAUCAAGAGGCAAAAAAUAUGCUUUAGAAAAAGUGCCAAAAGUUGGCAAAAAAUUUCAUCGCAUAGGACUACCUCCUAAGGUAGGCUCAUUCCAGCUGUUUGUUGAAGGCUACAAAGAGGCUGACUAUUGGCUCAGGAAAUUUGAAACAGACCCUUUGCCAGAGAAUACAAGGAAGCAAUUUCAGUCAGAGUUUGAAAAAUUGGUUGUGCUUGAUUAUGUCAUCAGAAACACUGACAGAGGCAAUGACAAUUGGUUAGUCAGAUAUGAAAAGCAAAAUGAUGGGAUUGAACUUUCUGAUAAGGAUAUCCAAUGGACUAAUGAAAAAGAGCCUAUUAUUAAAAUUGCAGCAAUUGAUAAUGGUCUAGCUUUUCCUUUCAAGCAUCCUGAUGAGUGGAGAGCUUAUCCAUUCCACUGGGCUUGGCUUCCACAAGCAAAAGUCCCUUUCUCUCAAGAAACAGUAGAUUUGGUUCUUCCCCGAAUUUCUGACAUGAACUUUGUACAGGAUCUUUGUGAAGAUCUUCAUGAACUGUUUCAGACUGACAAAGGUUUUGACAAGGCUACAUUUGAAAAUCAAAUGUCUGUGAUGAGAGGACAAAUACUUAAUCUUGCGCAGGCAUUGAAGGAUGAGAAAAGUCCUCUUCAGCUUGUUCAGAUGCCUCGUGUGAUUGUGGAGAGAAGUCACGGGGGAAGUCAAGGACGAAUUGUUCACCUGAACAAUGCUUUUACUCAGACUUUUCAUAGUCGAAAGCCUUUUUUUUCCUACUGGUAGAAAAAAGUAAAUGUCUUCAAUGUAGCAAGAUUUACUGCUGUGUAAAGAUACCAGAAUAAUGUAAUUCUGUUGUACACAGUGCUGUACUGCCAAAACCUCAGAACUUAAGUUAUAUAUUUUGAAUGUAAUAAGUUUACAGUUUGUUUAAAUUGUGAAAUUUUACAUCAGGGAAAUGAGAAGUGUGUCCUAUACUGUAUUUUUAUAGAAAGCUUAAUUUUCUGUAUUUAACAUUAAAAGGGAAAAAAGUUUACAGAUGCCAAAGAUGACUUUUGAUUACAUUGUAGGAAAGAACUGUUUUGUUGUAUACAAAUGUAAGAAACCAUAGUUUAACUUUGUUUGAAAUGAAGCACAACCUUUUCAUUCCUCCAUUGUAAGAAAGCUACUUGAAAUUCCACCUUAACAAUUACUUUGUUGCUACAUGGAUUAUUACUGAUUUGUGUACUUGAAUGUGAAAAAAUGUCUCUUGAUCAUCUUAGUGAGAUCAGUGUCAUUAUACUUUUAGAAAAUAAAAGGAUAUGUGAUGAUAGAUUAAAUUUAUAUAGUAGAUGCUGGUGCAUGCUUCCCGUUCAUGCCCACUGUAAGUUGAGAUGAUUAAAGUGAACCAGGGACCUUCUGACAGUGAUUUGUUUGUGACGUAUGAACCCUGUUUCGUCUAUUCCCAGACAGUACAAAGUCAUUAAAUCGUGGCAAGCUGGAGUUCCUAGUUUAUAUGUCACAAUAAAGUAGUCAAGACUACUUUAGGAUUAGGGUAUCCUUAGUUAGAAUGCAGACACAGCUUAGUUUUUGUAUGUGUUUUAUGCAUUUAUUAGCUAUGUUUUGAUCUCCAGUUUUGCCACUCCUAAGCAUGGUAGUUCUCAAGUAGGACCAAUCAAAAAUAUAUACUGUAGCAAUAUGCUGGUUCAUUUGCAACUGGCUGAGACCUCUUUUAAAAGUGUGGUUGGAUAAGCCAUGUGACCGUGCCACAAAUCCAUUAAAAAAACUUUCAUAGGGUUCGUUUCCUAUCUGCACUGGAUGCAAUCUCUGUAAUGUGGUUCACACCUGAGCCUUGCACCAAAGGUUUGCUAGUAUGUAGAUAUUAAGGCCAAUUGUAAUCUGUUUUACCAGCACUUAAAAUAUGAUAUAUGAUGUGUAGCCUAUAUAUGCAUUGUAUGCAGAGGUGCUGUCCCUGCUGUAAAAGGAAUAGAUGAGGGGGUCCAAUGGGUAUGUGUAUAUUCUCAUACAUAUAUUAGUGGGUCCCAGGCUAAUCCUUGGGGCUAGACAUAAAUUUGGGGAUGCUCAUGCAUGCACUCAUCCAUGUGUAGACAGCACAUGCAAAGCCUGAGAGAACCAAUCAGUUUGAGGUACUGGCUUUUCUGUUUUUUCUCCAGUGACUGAGCUAGCCAAGAGGCCCCUUUUCAUAUUUAUAAAUGUCCUUAUAAAGAAAGUAAAAGUAUGUUAAAUGCCCCUCUAGUUACUGAUUAAAAAUCUCUGUGAAGUCUUGUUUCUGUUAAUGUUACAUAUAGAUCAUAUUCAGGGUUAGGGUACCCUUGCUUACAAUCCACAUACAGUUUAGCUUUUAUUGUUGUAUGCAUUUAUUUGCUAUAAAGUAUUUUGCUCUUGAA